AUGAUUCAGAGCUCUUUUUCAGGCUCUUCUCGGCUUCUUGGUGGUAUAAAUAUAAAUCUUCCCUCUCCUCUUAGCAUACCAAACCAGUCUUCAUCUUCUCCAUCUUCUUGGGCUUCAAGCUUUUCUGAUUUUCAAAACCCAGAAGUUCUUGCGAGUCCUAGUUCAAAUUCAAAUCCAUAUGGUGGUGCUUCAAGUAAUGGAUUCAGUAAUUUAACAACUGGGUCAUCGUCUUCAACCAUGAACUCAUCUUCUCCUCCUUUUUAUGGCCGUGGAGAGGCUGACCUGAUUGAUGAAUUUCAGCUUCAAGAUCAGUUCUCUUUCCUCAACGAUGGGCCAAAAAACUCUGAUUUGUACUACCCACCACCGGAUUUAGCAUCCAGCCCCAACGCAAGCCGCGGCGAUGGUAUGAACUUCCCUUAUGCUAUCUGGGUCAGCUCCACCAACAGCCUCCCCCACCGGCGGAGCUGCUCGGUGAGUAACAUCUCUGCAGAGGACCCAGCUGGUGGGUUUGGGUGGAAACCCUGCUUGUAUUUUGCUAGAGGGUACUGA